AGGAGGAGGAGGAUAUUGGUGCCCGGAGAGUGAGUGGAGAGGCGGAGAGGUGGACGUCCGAACAAAAUCACAAUUUAGGGAAGUUUUAGUAGCGGCUCAGACAGAGAGGCUUUAGGAACGAAACAUUGAUUCUGUUGUGCAUUUGAAGAGUAAUCUAGGACAGCGGGGACUUUCCAAGGUGCCAUGUUUCAGGACCGUACAGCAGUUGAGUGGACGAGGCUGCUCUAACAAUUUGAUGGAACAGUUCUGACUGACGGCGACUCUUAGAUUGACUGAACCGUCGCUCGAGGAUCAUCCAUCCGUGCUCUGAAGCAGCGUGGAAUCUAAGUAGGAGAGCCAGGCAGACUACAGGUACACGGCCAGGGGGCUACUUGGACUGGAGGGCAUGCUGGCUGCGGUUGGGAUGUUGAGGCAGAGCAGUGGUGGAGGAAGUGGUGGAGGCAGUGGAGGGAACAAACGAUCGCUGGGCAUCUCACGCAUCUCCAACUUCCACUUCUUCCCCUUGUCCACUGGCAUGGGCACUAGUAUGGGCACUACGGCGACUUUUGGGACAGGGGGCAGACGAGCUAAGAGCAGCUCCCUGAGCUCCAUCAGCUCUGGAUCGGACAGCCUGGAUGCCCCUGCUCCCCCUGCCGGGACCACCAACCCAGACUACAUCAUGCAGCUGGUCAACGACGUGCGCAAGUUUGCUGACGUCCUCCUUCAUUUCAAGGAAUCUUUUCACUCCAAAGAUCACCAGGACUGUCUUCACCAGGUGGUCCAUGAGCGUCUGGGGGAGCUUCUGCGUGUGCUGAAGGCCGUCAUCAACAAACACCAGACCCUCAACUCUGUCGACAUCCUCAGUGCUGCAGGCACCGUCAUCGCACAGGUCAAAGGUGUUAACUUCAAAGAAGUGAACGAAGAGAACAAGCAGAAGCUUUUCGGAGAGAUAUACACUUCUAUCGACACACUGGCAUUCACCUUUGGAAAUAUAGUGUCUGACUUCCUUAUGGGAGAUAUAGACAAUGGAUCACCGUUGGUGCUGAACCCCCUGACUCCGAGAAGCAGGUCGUUCGAGAACCUUUCUGGGGAGUCUGGAGGCUCCGAUCUAGAGAAAGAUGUUCCGCCAGGUCCGUCGCUGCCGGCGAGGUUGGAGGAGGUGGACGGUGUGGACGUGGCGCUGCAGCGGAGUGAAGGCGGGGUGGAGUCGGCUCUGCUCUACACCAAGGCCUGGUCCAUGUACACCAAGGAGUUACUGGCCUGGGUGGAUAAACGAAUCAGUAUGGAUAUCGAGUGUGCGAGGAGCUACGCCAAAAUGGCAGAAUCAGCGAAGACAAUCGCAAGUCAUCAGGAGUUCAUGCCAUUCCGGGACAUCUACAUGUCUGCGUUCAAGAACGAUAUUGAGUACAGCCAGCUCCUACUGCACACAGCAGCUGCCCUUCAAACCAACAAAUUCAUGCAGCCUCUCCUCGCGCGGAAGACCGAGCUGGACAAACUGAGGAAGGAGGUCAAGGAGCAGUGGCAGAGAGAACAGAAGAAAAUGUAUGAAACGGAUAGUGCCCUGAGGAAGGCCCAUGUUCUGCAGGCCCAGAGACAGGAGGAGUAUGAGAAGGCCCGAGUGUCCACCAGUCGAGUAGAGGAGGAGCAGCUGGGAUCAGCCAAGCUGGAGAAGAGACGCAGGCUGGAGGAGGAGGCUCUGCAGAAGGCGGAUGAGGCCAGAGACCACUGCAAGGCCUGUCUGACAGACGUAGGGGUGAAGAGAGUGGACCUGGCCAACACAAAGAGUGAGAUCCUCACCCAGUUACGAAAGCUGGUCUUCCAGUGUGACCUCACUCUGAAAGCGAUGACUGUGAACUGGUUCCAACUGCAGCAGGCCCAGGUUGUGUCUCUGCCUGUCAAUCACCAGUCUCUGUGUGAGAGCUCCAAGCUGUACGAACCGGGCCAACAAUACAUCGACUUCGUCAGGAGUCUUCCUGCCCAUUUGGACAGACCCAGGGUGCAGUCCUACUCCUUCGAUGUUACCGUCUCGCACUGUAACAAUGCAGGGUUUCCUCUCGCCAAGCGGUCGUUGAGCAGCACCCACUGCAGUACCCACAGUUCCCACGGUAACCUGUCUCAGAUGUCCGCCACCUCUGGAGACUUCCUGGGGACCGACAAGGUGGACAGCCCGUUCCACACGCGGCCCGCCAACAGCAGCACCGACAUCCAAGCUCUGAGGUUCCAGGGCCCGUUCCGAGCCUGGGGAACGGGUAGUCAGGGCAGGGAGAUGUGCAGUGACUCAGAGAGCACCGGAGGCAGCAGUGAGUCCCGAUCCAUGGACUCCCCCACCGCCAGCCCAGGUGACUUCAACAGGAGAUUACGCAGAAGCCCGUCCACGGGGACCAUGUCGUCAGCUGAUGACCUGGAUGAGAGAGAGCCACCCUCGUUGUCAGACAACGGUCUGGAUGAGAUGGUGACAGAGACGGCCAGUUCCCCAGGUCCGUUCCAUGACAUCCAGAUGUCCAAGGCAGCCCAGACACACAAGCUGAGGAAGCUGAGGGCCCUGUCCAAGUGCAGAGAGUGUGAUAGUCUGGUGGUCUUCUAUGGAGCUGAGUGUGAGGAGUGCUUCCUGGCCUGCCAUAAGAAAUGUCUGGAGACUCUGGCCAUCCAGUGUGGUCAUAGGAAGCUACACGGUAGACUGCACCUCUUUGGUGUUGACUUCACCCAGGCAGUUAGGAACAACCCAGAUGGAAUCCCUUUCAUAAUCAGGAAGUGUACCUCUGAGAUCGAGAAUAGAGCGCUGGACAUGAAGGGGAUCUACCGUGUGAACGGGGCCAAGUCCCGUGUGGAGAAGCUCUGUCAGGUAUUUGAGAAUGGCAAGGACCUCGUGGAGCUAUCUGACCUUUACCCCCAUGACAUCAGCAACGUGCUCAAACUCUACCUGAGACAGCUUCCUGAGCCUCUCAUCCUGUUCCGUUUCUACAAUGACUUCAUCGGCCUGGCCAAGGAGAGCCGGAACAUCAUCGUGGAUGAGUUGGAAGCAUCCAGGGUCAGCCCCGCCUCCAUGACCCCGCCGCAGGUCAGUGUGGAGCUCAACCGGGUCCUGUUCAAGAUCAAAGACCUUCUGAGACAGCUGCCACCGGCCCACUACAAGACCCUGCACUUCCUCAUCCAACACCUGCACAGGGUGACCGAGCAAGCGGAGGAGAACAAGAUGACAGCCAGUAACCUUGGCAUUAUCUUCGGCCCCACGCUCAUCAAACCCAGACAGACGGACGCCGAGGUGUCCCUGUCCUCCCUGGUGGACUACCCCUACCAGGCCCUCAUCGUGGAGCUCCUCAUCAGACACUAUCAGAUGAUCUUCGAUGCCCCCGUCAGUCCCCUGCCACGGCCCCAGGGCCCCCCAGGCCCCUCUGAGGAGAGCUUCUCCCUAGAGGAUCAGGACCCAUACCCCUGCUUCACCACUCAGGAGAAGCAGCUCAGCAGACAGCCUCUUGUAGACAUCAAGGAGCAGAGCUGUAAAGUCUUUAAGUGUCAUUCCUCUAUAGUCUCGUCCACCCAUGCAAUGAAGGGGGUCAGAGAUGGGCACCCCACGUCUGAUAGGAGGGACUCUACCCCUGUAAUUGACGAGGUCCCUGAGGUCCAGAGAGCAGGAGGAGAGAGGGGGGAAAGGAGGUUGACCCAGGCCCUCCACACCACCUCCCAGGUCCAUCUCCGCCUCCCCCGCUCCAAGCUGGUCUCCCGGCCUGUCAGCAUGCCCGCUGAACACCUCCUGAACCCGGCCCAAGGCGUGGACGAGAGGAACGCCAGGAACACCGCUGAUCAAGACAACGGGAACGGUACCGGGAGCGUUACGCGGGACCAGUCGAUCGAGGAGGUGUCGCAAGAUGAGAAGCCAAAGUCGAGGGUGACCAGCCACUACCGGAACAUGGACACAGGGACUCUACGCAGGACCUGGGACAGGCAGUACAAACCUUAUGACAUCACCCCCAGGACAGCUAAGAUCAACCUGCCUACAGCAGACAAGGAGGAAGACUCGACCAGAAGCCUUUCCACAUCUGUUCCAUCCUCUUCCUUCGGGACGGGUGGCUGCACCGUCGCAGUGUGGCCGGGCAGGACUCUGAGAAGGGAGGAGAACGUCUGGGAGUAUAGCCAAGUGCCCACUGUAUUCAGACCCCCCCGCACUCUACAGCCACCCCCUGGAACCUUCUACAAACCCCCCACGGGGAGCAUGGCCAAUGCGCUAGGUGACGCGGGGCUAAAGAAGCACGCCACAGUAGCUAACAGCACUGAGGAGGAGGAAGAUGAUGAGGAAGAUGAGAUGGGUCUGGAGGUCUCUGUGGAUGAGGACACUGUGGAUGAGUACAGUGAGGCUCCGCAGCAGGCUGCAGGCCCCUCUCUGUCCCUGUCCCUGCCCCAGUCCCCCGGCUCCAGUCCUGAAGACCUCAGUCAGGAGGGCAAGCCUGUGUACCAGAGACUACGGCCCAGACGCUUGCAGGAGUUGGAGCACCGCGAGGCCCAUUAUGUGUGACCGUCUUUAUCUCCAUCACUCACUGGACGUCGUUACAAAUCAUCAAGUCAUCUUUCUUCUAUGACUUGAAUUUAAAUGUUCUUAUCUGUAUAAUAGGUGCCAUAUUGUAUAAGAAAACAACAGUAAAUAAUUUCAUGAACUGUGAAAUAAAAUCCUCAUGGAAGUGUAAUAUAUUCCUUGUUGUCUGUUUUGGAGCCCCUUGUUGUCUGUCUGUUUUGGAGCCCCUUGUUGUCUGUUUGUUUUGGAGCCCCUUGUUGUCUGUCUGUUUUGGAGCCCCUUGUUGUCUGUCUGUUUUGGAGCCCCUUGUUGUCUGUCUGUUUUGGAGCCCCUUGUUGUCUGUCUGUUUUGGAGCCCCUUGUUGUCUGUCUGUUUUGGAGCCCCUUGUUGUCUGUCUGUUUUGGAGCCCCUUGUUGUCUGUCUGUUUUGGAGCCCCUUGUUGUCUGUCUGUUUUGGAGCCCCUUGUUGUCUGUCUGUUUUAGUGCUCCUUGUUGUCUGUCUGUUUUAGUGCUCCUUGUUAUCUGUUGGAAGGAACUAUUGUACUGCAGGUCUUCAAAAUGAAGACAGGAUGCACUUAGUUAACUACACAACAAUGUGUGUUUGUAAGUUACUGUUGUAGGUUUCUCUGCAAAAUGUCUGUAUAAAGAAAGCCACAGAAUCAAAACAUGCUUCUUGUACCAAUCACUACAACUGUUUUAUGUACAACAUUUGUUUCUAUCUUUUAAACUGAGCAAUUACUUUUACUCAAAAGACAGGUGGGUUGUUCCAGAAAAAGAGUGCCUUUUAUGUCCCUUUGAUAUUGUAUGUAGAAAUUGUGCACCAAUAUGGAAUUGUAAAAGCCUGUUAUAUUAAAUGAAGUGUUGUUUUAAUAUA